AUGAGCCCUCAAGGAAUCACUCGCAAACGACCAGCUCCUGGCACAUCCCCUAUCGUUCACCCGCAACUGGGUCCGCUGACGAACUAUUCGCAAAACCCCGGCAAUCAGCUUUCCAACGACCAGUUUCUGCAAUGGGGCCAGAAUCCUUCGUCCAACGUGUCCAGCCCCUCCUAUCCCGAUGCCGCCUCUUACAACCCGUCAACGUACACCACGAACCCAGAUGUCCCGGCUUCCACCGUCACGGCUUCGAACCAGCUUACUCGCCGCCAGACUCCUACUCAAUUGGUCAACCGCAGCCGCGGGUAUGAUCAAACGUCGACGUCGUUUCCCGACCACGGCACUGGCACGGGGGAAUCCGGAGGAUGGGGGGAGAGCCUGAACGAGUUAUAUGAGCGCGCGAUGGUCGCAAAGAGAGAAGUGCAGGCUAAACGGAAACAGAUCCCGCCUUUCGUUCAGAAACUGAGCAGUUUUCUGGAUGAAUCAAAAAACACUGAUCUGAUUCGGUGGUCUGACGAUGGCAACUCAUUUAUUGUGAUGGAUGAAGACGAAUUUGCAAAGACGUUGAUUCCGGAACUAUUCAAACACAACAACUAUGCCUCUUUCGUCCGCCAGUUGAACAUGUACGGCUUCCACAAGAAAGUUGGACUCUCCGACAAUUCGAUGCGCGCGAGUGAACGGAAGAACAAGAGCCCCAGUGAAUAUGCGAAUCCCUACUUCAAGCGCGGCCACCCAGACUUGUUGUGGCUGAUCCAAAAACCGAAAAAUGCAGCCGGGCAGGGUAGCAAAUCAGGAAAAGGCAAUGUGCGGGUGAAGACGGAAGAGAUCGAGGACAAUGAGAACGACGAGUAUGGCGAUGAUGCUUUGGGUCCCGCACGAGAGGAUCGAUCGCGCAACCGCCAGCUGUCCUUGAUCACGGGAAGUCUCAUGCCCAAGGAUCAGCUCGCCGGGGUGUAUAGAGAGUUACAAGCCAUCCGCCAACAACAGCAAGUGAUCUCCAACACUAUCACCAAACUGCGGAGAGAACACGAGCAGCUGUAUGCGCAAGCAGCCAACUUUCAGGAGCAGCACACCCGGCACGAGAACUCCAUCAAUGCGAUCCUUACAUUCUUGGCGACCGUCUACAAUCGGAGCCUUCAAGGGCAGGAAGGGCCGCAGAAUCUGGCAAGCUCGUUUGCUGGUGCCAUCUCACAAGAGCAAGGUAAUAUCGUUGACAUGGACGACUACUCGCUCGGGUCUCUGGGGCCUACAAACAUGACCAGCCCAACUGGGCCGCGCUCGCUGAAAAAACAGCAGCUCUUGCUCAAGGCGCCUCCGGGGGCAGACCGUCCGGGUCGUGCAACGACCUUGUCCCCCGCCUCUACCACAUACGACCACCCACACUCGCGCGGCCAUGGUCGGCAAGCCAGCGCCUCCCAGCCGGGUCACGUCGAGGAGGUGUAUGACAACAGUCCUCGUCAGAAGGAGGCGCAGCCGCCUCCGGGGUCCCAUGUUCCCCAGCGGGACAUCAUGUCAGUCAUUCAGAAUUCCAAUGCACGAAGCGGCAUGCCCACCAAUUUUGCCGAUUUUCCAAACGUGCUGUCAUCACUUGAGACGUCGGGCGGUAAUUCGCCGCUUACGCCCAGCCAACGGGCAGAUAUGCUUCGACUCAUGGCCCACGAGACAGGCUCCGGCGGAGUCAAUGGUGCAUCAUCUCCCAAUAACGCCUUGGUCACACCGACGCCUCCCCCAAUGCCACACAAUUACUCUGGCCGGCUGGCCAACACACGAGCGGAAAUUGACAACCUGGUCAAAAUGCAGGCCGAGCAAGAUCGCUCCGUGCAGAACCUGACCAACCUCCUACAGCCCCUCAGCCCUACAGGCACCAUUCCAGGAAUCAGCAUAGAUGGCAGUGCGCCCCCUCCCCCACUUGACCUUGAUACUCUCUUCAAUAACGAUUACUUCACGGACAUUGGAGAUUUGGACCAUAAUAAAGCUGGUUUAGGGUAUGGCAAUCCGGCCGGGUCCGUGCCAGCCACAACCGGGGCCGACCCGGUGGUCACCGCCGGUCCCGACGAUGGUGGGAUCAAGGACGCGAACGAACUGUUCGACUUUGAGAACCUCCCCGCCGACAAUGAUCUCUUCGGUGCAGCCAAUGGCCCGGCACACGAUCCGAGCUUCUAUCAUGGAUUUGACGGGGCCGGUUACGGCGGGAAUGACCUCCACGCCAGCCUCGGACCGGAGGGGCAGCUGUCAAAUGGGAAAGAUUCGAAUAGAAUUGAGUCCUUGCCCGACAGCGAUGCGACCAGCCCCGCCAACACCGUGGACGAGAGCAUCCAGUACGGUGGGCUAGACACGAGCAACGAUGCUCAGGGAGGUAAGGGUCUCGGUAGCGGCGUGAAACGGCGCAAGAAGGCUUGA